AUGGCCCAACAAAAGGCGGAUUCUUCCUCUUUCCCUUAUUUUCUCUUCCCUUCGUUCCCCAAUAAACGAGAUGUGGGGUUCUCUCAACCAAGCUCCUCAGACCCCACUUCGAAGUAUCUAGAUGGCCAUCUCUCCUACCUCCAGUGUACAGGAUGUGCAGUGCACCUUUGCCUGGCAUCUCAGAUCAUCAGUAAAGGGUUCACAGGUCGACAUGGGCGCGCAUACCUUGUAUCUGCCGAAUCAGUUGCUGCGGUGUCAGUUAGUGCUUCAUCAUCUCCAACGGCGUCCCUUCCCAAUACAAUUCUACACCACCCAGUCCCACGCCAACUAGUGACGGGAGCUCACACAGUUAGUGACGUGAGCUGCGCAUCCUGUGGGUCUAUUUUGGGGUGGAAAUAUGUUACUGCCGAAGAGGAAUCUCAGCGUUAUAAAGUGGGAAAAUUCAUACUGGAGACGAAGAGGACUACAACUUCUUCCUGCUGGGAGUCUCCCCCGGACCCUAAUUCGCCUACUAUCGGAAGCCCGCAAGAAGGCAAAAAUGGGCGAGAGACAUUAGAGACUGAGUUCGAUAGCCAGGAUGAGGACGAAUGUGAAGACCUCUUUGCAGGCAUCUGGAGUCCAGGUUUAGCUACUCGGCGCAGAAGUCGUAAAAUCAUUGAACGACGACCUGCAAUGUUCGGGCUGUCCUGA